UCUCACUGAUUGGCCAGUACUAGUAGUAGGACCUACAUUCGCGGGGUUGUGCAGCAAGCGGGGCCAACUUUGGUUCGAUUGGAUAUUUGCACCCAGAAUCUGUACUCAAAAGUAAAGUGGGGCAAGGCUUUGCCAUCCUAUUAUCCGAUGGUAUAAAAUCCCUUCCUCACCGCAAUGCUUCUGCCAGCUCCCCAAGUCAUCGUACACCAACACCACAUCCCCCAUGUGUUACUUAGCUCGUCGUCCAUGGGAUACCCCUGAUCCCAAUACCUCCCCUCCCGCUUUGCACAAUGCUCGCUACAACGGGUGGCCCAGCCCUCCAAUACAGCUUCCCCAUGUCGCUUUGCCUUCGUUAAAGAAGCCUGCUGAACGGCGCGUCGCAUUCGCAAUCGACACCCCGUCAACCCGUCGUCCCCGUGACGGUAAAGUCACUCAUAUCCAACCUCAAUCGGUUCAGCUUCAAUAUGGUACUCACCCACACAGAAAUCAUGGAGCGCAAGGUAUAAUGUGGCCUGUCGAAUGCCGACACCAUGACGUUUCUAACUCGUGCAUGUGGAAUGGUGGUACUCACCAGAGACCAUCUCCCCAAGGUGUUUUUGAGACGCGUACCGCCGCUCGUCACGACAAAGAGAAUGCAGUGAUCGAACAUGAUCCCUCACGACGAACCAAGGAUUCGAUUCCACUGAUCGACAAGGACACACAAAUAGCCUCCCUCCUCGCAGCACCACGCAUGCAACUGGUAUAUGAUCUGCGAUACCCACCCAGCUCUCUCUAUCUUCCACCAUCAUCUCCAUAUGCAAGAUGGGGAUUUGAGUUCCUUCGAGUGCCACUCACGCCAUUACGGCCCAAACAAAUACAGCUAAUCAGUCGAGACUUUCCCUGGGCAUUCAACAUCUAUCCCGAGCCCAGUGCAGCAGAACAGGGUGUGACGUGUCUUGAUGUUCUCACUGCGCUACACGCUGAACUGCAACGCCCACUCUCAGAUACGGAGUGGGGAGCUGCUACAGAGGAUAAACACUUGAGCCUCGUCGGAGCGCGCGAUCGUCGGCUAAACAUGAAACCUGCUUUGCGCGGGAGCCCCGGCACUGGGGCAUGCACUACUGCUAGGCAUAGAAUGCCAUUUUCAUCCGAUGCAGGUGUGAAACCUGCGCAACGAGAGCCCUUGAUACUCCGUAUAGACUGGCUUGGGUCUCGUGUUGCGUUUGGGGGCCUCGUCAAGGACGAGGCUUUUGCGAGGAGGAGACUCAUUCCGGGUGCGAGAGAGUCACCUGAGACGUGGGUUGUGAGGUUCAAUAACCUACCAUAAUAAUAAUAUCUUGACGAAAUGUACCUACCUUUUAUGUAUUGGUUAUCGAGAUUUCGAGACAUACUUCAUAUGGCAAGGUUUUCAAUAACAACCGGAUUUGGUACUCAAUCAAA